UUGCAUGAAAAUUAACGUAACGGGACGAGUUAGUGCGCAUGCAGGUGCGGCUACAUGCAGCGGCGGGCCGUCAAUGGCCCAAAGUUAGUUUUGGCUUCGGCAAAUGCAGGCCUGAACUCUCGUGUCUAGCUCUUGCCGAUGCUCAUCAUCAUCACCGCCGACUCCACUCCCCUCCCGCGUGCGCGAACGGAGGGCCACUGCGCAUCGCCCAAACUGGCCGACGAACUGCGACGAUCGCUGCCAGGUGGGGGUGAAUUGACACAUGCAUCCGCCCUUCAUGUCCUGUCGCUAAAGCCGCCGUCCUUCGCCUGCGCGCAAUCAAUACUCUGCCCAGCUGGUCCGCUGCCCACCUCGUCCAUCCGCCGCCCACUCGUCCUGGCUGCAUUGCUUGGAUCUGCGGCAUGUCAUUAUUGCCUGCAGGAGGGUUUCGUGCCCCGCCUGCCAACCUCCAGCGGACGCUGGGUGAGGUGUGCGGCGCACUCGGGUCCAGCCAUUGGGGCGAACAGGUGGAACGCGGAAAGUCGUGGGACGCCGGCCUGUAAUCUCGCGUGCGUCGUCGGCGAAAAUAGAACCUCCGCUGAGACAACCCGUCCUCGCCCAGCCUCGUGCUCGCACUGCGUCAGAAGCACACGUUGCCCCCGUCCGACUCGUCGCAUUAAAUUACAAACAAAUUGUCCAGGAGGCGACGCCGGCAAAAAGCGCUACUGCGUGGUGUUGUCUUGCUGCUCGCCCCCCACCAGUGCUCUGGGCUCGGUCUCCUCUUUCGGCGUUGCAUCUCUCGAUGAACAGCCCGGAGGUAACGCUAAACGGCCAUCGGACACUUGGCAGUUUACCCGCUUCCAUAUUCGGAGGUGGAAACGGCGCGACCAUGGAAUGAGGAGCGGCAUGGGUGCCCCGUGCGCAGCCUGCCUAGAGCCCUCUUCUCCUCUCUACCGGACAGCCCUGCUCGCUUGAGGCGUUAGGAAAUGUGGGCACCUGGGCAUCGGCAGGCACGCCCGUGACCCAAGGACGGCGGCCCCAUGCGUCAGAAACGCUCUCUCUCCGAGAUGGGAAAACCUGGACGGGGAGCCAGCGCCGUGGCGGUCGCUUGACCUGUCCCAGCUUUGCCUAUAUGUACGCCCGCCGGCCGAUUGCGCCGACAUUGGCCUUUCCUCUCUUUUUCCGUUGUGGUUGACCCAGUUGCGAA